AUGCGUCUCCUAACACAAACCACCUGCAUGCACUUCCUUGUCCGCGCCGCUGGUACCAUGAGGAGGGGCAGGGAGGGGGUCUGCCCUGGUCGCCGGGCUCCCUUCCCCUCCGGGGAGCUGUCAAAGGCCCGAAGACGCCCGUCUGAGCCCCUCGCCGGCAAGGCUUCCGGACUCCCUGCACUUCCCCGACCCCCCCCACCCCCCCACCCCGCCCCAGCCUCACGCUGCAGCCAGAGGGGGAAGGUCACGACGGGAGCGUUGCGCCCCCCCCCCCUACCGCGCCGGCCUCGCGCUCAGCAUCGCCCCCCCCCUUACCGUCCGCUCUCACUCACGCACGUGGCCUCGAUCUCCUCCGACCCCCCUCCUACCCCGUCUCCCUUCCCCCCCCACCCCCCCAACAAGAAGCGGCCCCAAGUUGGUCUUACCGCCCGCCCAGGGCCUCCCUUGGCGGGGCGGGCCGCCCCUUCCUGCCUCCCCAGACAGGGGCUCUGCGGGUCCUCACUCUCGUCCCCGCCGCGUCCUUUCCUCUCUCGUCUCUGGUCCCUCGCCUCCCUGUGCCCGCUCCCUCACUCACUCCUCACCCCCGUGCGCAAGAGCAGAGAGGCUCUGAGCGCCAGCAUCCCACGUCCCCGAGGCCGUGUGGCGAAGCGGACGUUGGCGCCACCUACUGGCCAUCGAAGGGAACAGCCGCUCUUGAGGGCGGGGCGAGCAAGGGAAGAGCCAAGGCAGGCGCCGAGCCCCACAAACGAAGCUUCUCGGCUACAGUGGGCUUGGCAUCGUUUUUAA